AUGUCAGCCAUCAAUACUACUGAAACCCACCCAGAGGCCUUUCUGUUGGUAGGAAUACCUGGUUUGGAGCACCAGCACAUCUGGAUCUCCAUUCCUUUCUUCUUUGCCUAUACCUUGGCCCUCCUGGGCAACUGUACCCUUCUCUUCAUUAUCUGGGCAGACUCAGCCCUCCAUGAGCCCAUGUACCUCUUUCUGGCUAUGUUGGCAACCAUAGAUCUGGUCCUUUCUUCUACUACACUGCCCAAAAUGCUUGCUAUUUUUUGGCUCAGAAACCAAGAGAUUAAUUUCUAUGCCUGUCUUAUCCAGAUGUUCUUUCUCCAUUCUUUCUCCAUCAUGGAGUCAGCAGUGCUGCUGGCCAUGGCCUUUGACCGUUAUGUGGCCAUCUGCAAACCCCUGCACUACACCACAAUUCUGACCAAACCCCUCAUCAUCAAGAUUGGCCUGGCCGCUGUCACUCGGGCUGUGACAUUAAUGACUCCACUCCCCUUUCUGCUCAGACGCUUCCACUACUGUCGAGGGACAAUGAUUGCUCACUGCUACUGUGAACACAUGGCUGUGGUAAGACUGGCAUGUGGGGACACACGAUUCAACAACAUCUAUGGCAUUGCUGUGGCCAUGUUUAUUGUGGUGCUGGACCUGCUCUUUGUUAUCUUGUCUUAUGUCUUCAUCCUUCGUGCUGUUCUCCAGCUUGCUUCUCAGGAGGCCCGCUACAAGGCCUUUGGGACAUGUGUGUCUCAUAUAGGUGCUAUUCUGUCUACCUACACACCUGUAGUCAUCUCCUCAGUCAUGCAUCGUGUAGCUCGUAGGGCUGCCCCUCAUGUCCACAUACUUCUUGCAAUUUUCUAUCUUCUUUUUCCACCUAUGAUUAAUCCCAUUAUCUAUGGUGUCAAGACCAAGCAGAUUCGUGAUCAUGUGCUCAGCCUAUUCCGUAGAAAGGAUGUGUAGAUGGGUAGUUAUUUUCUUACCCACAAGUCCAGUACUGAAUAGAUGGUGUAUUGGAUAGAGGGAGAAACGCUUAGGGUAACUGCAGGAUCCCAGUUGGCAAUUCACCAGUCUUAGAACUCCUUGACAUCCCGUUAUUUACUGAUCCAUCAGUCAUAUUUCAUUAGAUGUGCACCUAUAGCA